CACACACACGCCAGCAACAACGCGCAACAAGUGCACGCUGCUGACACGCACACAGCUGCAGUCUCUGCUGGAGAGUGAGCAGCAAGCAAGCAAGCAAGUGCCUGAACGCGCUGUCUUUGAAGCUUUCUCGUUUGUGCUGUUUGUUUGUGUGUGUGUUUGUGUGUGUGUGUGUGUGUGUUGUUUGUUUGUUUGUGUUUGGUGGCGGCCACCACACAACCAAGCGUGACGGCGCGACCUUGUUCCUCCGUCUUCGUGCGGGGCGUCAUGCCCUCUCGCGAAGCCAACGAUGAUCAACAACCCCAGAUGACAUCCAUCUCCGCUCACCAGCAAAUGCUGGCAUCAUGCACGGGCGCAGUGCUGACGUCGCUCACAAUGACGCCCUUUGAUGUCGUAAAGAACAGACUACAAGCACAAAACCAACCACAAGUACGCAACUGCACGACGACAGCGAUGGGCAGCGCGGCAGCACAAACACCCGUGCACUGCCCUGGCUGUGGAACACCGCAUGCACCCAGAAUACGAUUCCACGGCACCAUGGAUGCGUUUUUCAAGAUUGGCCGACAUGAAGGGCUCAGGUCGCUGUGGCGGGGCAUGACACCAACUCUGAUGAUGUCUGUACCGGGCACUGUCGUCUACUUUUCUUUAUACGACCAGCUGCGUCCACAUUUGGGUGACAGCAAAUACUCACCCGGCGCCUGCGGCGGCAUCUCGCGCAUCUUUGCUGCGACGGUGGUGUCCCCGCUGGAGAUGCUGCGCACGAAGAUGCAGGCGACACAGAACGCGCAAUACGCAGAGGCGUUCCGUGCAAUCCGUGCGACGGUGCGGGCUGACGGGCUGCAGUCACUCUACCGCGGGCUCGGAUCAACCCUCCUCCGCGACGUCCCAUUCUCAGCUGCGGUGGCGCCUGGGCACCCGGUUCUACCCCUCCACGUUUGA